AAAUAAGAUUUUCAUCCGAACCGAGGGCAUAACAUGUGCCGUAGACAUUCAUCUUCAAGCUAUAAAAUUGUCCAAGCAUAUGAUGUCUACAAUCGAAACAAUGGUUUUUUUUUUCACGGGAUGUGUAAUAGCUUGUUUUAGCUUGAAUCUGUUUCAACUUUUCCAGACAGUAUCAUCCGAAAAUAAUAUCAUCCCAUUUGUAUUGCCAUUUAUAUAUGCGACUGUAAGCAUCACAUAUAUGUUUCUAGCCAACUAUAUUGGGCAGCUUAUAAUUGACCACAAUAAUGACAUAUUCGUUACUGCGUACAACGUCCAAUGGUAUAGAACUCCUUUACAUAUACAAAGAAUGAUAAUAUUCUUAUUACAAAGAAGAGCCAAGGAAUUUUCUUUAAAUAUCGGUGGAUUAUAUGAUGCAUCCAUGGAGUGUUUUGCUACGCUAGUAAAACUCUCCGUAUCUUAUUUCACUGUUAUAUAUUCUACACGAUGACAAAACACAUUAAUUUAUCAUAAUAAUAAAAAUA